AUGGCUAAGAAUCUACUUUAUCUUUCAAAAUCUUUCCUUCUUUUCUCAAUUCAACUUCUUGUAAUUCAAUCUGGUAGUCUUACAAAUGCCAGUCGGAUCCCAAAAUUUUCCAAUUCCUUGAAAGAUCUAGAGGAAUCCCAAAAGGGCCAGAGGGUGCAAGGCUUACGUGAAGUCAAGCACUAUCUCAACAAGUUUGGAUACUUAAACUACAAAGACUCCAACAACUUUGAAGAUGAUGAGUUUGAUGAGGCCUUGGAGGUCGCCAUCAAAACAUAUCAGACAUAUUUUCAUUUGAAGGUUACAGGAAAGCUUGACACCGACACAAUCAAACAGAUGUCAAUUCCGCGUUGUGGAGUUCCUGACAUUAUCAAUGGUAGUCUAACACAACCACAGUUUGAAUUUUUUCCUGGUAAUCCAAGAUGGCCAUUUUAUAAGCGUAACCUCAAAUACGCGUUUCAAUCCAGUGCUCCGCCUAAUGUAGAGUUGGUCGACAUAAAAGAAGCCUGCACAUAUGCUUUCGGAGAGUGGGCGAGAUUCUCUGAUUUCAGAUUUGAAUUCACAGAUCAAGUUGAAGAUGCCGACCUUGUUUUAGGAUUCCACCGCGUUGAUCACGGGGACGGUCUACCUUUUGAUGGGCUUGGUGGCGAUUUUGCUCAUGCGUUUCCUCCAACAAAUGGUAGGUUGCAUUAUGAUGCAGAUGAGAUUUGGAGUAACAGUCUUGACCUACUUCCAUAUCAGACAGACCUGAAGGCCGUUUCACUUCAUGAGAUAGGGCACCUUCUUGGACUUGGUCAUAGUGCGUUUGAACUAUCCAUUAUGUAUCCUGCAAUUAGAGUAGGAAAAACCAAGAGGGGUUUGAGCUCAGAUGAUAUGGACGGUUUACUUACUUUAUACUCAGAUCCUAGCUAA